AUGCCUGUUCAAGAUCGGACGACCGAAUUUCGAGCAUGCGUAGAAUCUAUACGAACUCGAUCGUCUCUGCCGCACCGGGGGACCGAGGCCAAGCAGCGAGCCUUACAGUCGCAAGGGAAGAACCUCGACAGUAAAUCUGAGUUCAGUAGAAUGGCGUCCGCGAUAGCGAAUGAUAUUAGCGGUACGACCAUCAAACUGGGGAAACUAGCACAGUUGGCGAAACGGAAAACCCUCUUUGAUGACAGACCUGUCGAAAUUAGCGAACUUACUUACAUUAUUAAACAAGAUAUUGCCAACAUAAACAAGCAAAUAGCCUCGCUACAAUCUUACGUCAAGCAACGCAAUGCGCAUAAUGUCAAAUCGGCGGAAGGGAAGCAGCUCGAAGAACAUAAUCACAAUGUCGUCAUGCUCCUUCAAAGCAAGCUUGCAGAUACCAGUAUGACUUUCAAGGAUGUCCUUGAGAUUAGGACCCAAAACAUGAAAGAGUCGAAAGACCGGACAGAGCAAUUUAUGCACUCCACGUCCAGCGCUGCUUCACAGACCCCUUCAAAUUCUCUCCUUUUCGGCAGCACACAGCGUCAGGAUCCUAUGGGAGAUGGCACUGCCCCAUCACCACGGUUCGAUACCAAAGGGAAAGGUCGUGCUACCCCUCAGCCUAAGGGCGAUAUAUUAGCUUUGGAUCUUGGGGCUGCCGAGGAAGGUACCGCUCCUGGGAAUGACGCAUUCAUGCAAAUGCAGCUUGUUGAACAGCAGGACAACUACAUUCAGUCACGGACAACUGCGAUAGAGUCCAUCGAGUCCACAAUUUCUGAGCUCGGCCAGAUAUUCACUCAGCUUGCGCAGAUGGUUGCAGAGCAGAGAGAAACUGUUCAACGAAUUGACGCGGACACAGUGGACAUAGCAUCUAAUGUCAGCGGAGCACAGAGAGAAUUACUAAAGUAUUACGCUAGUAUUUCGAGCAAUCGGUGGCUCAUGCUCAAGGUCUUUGGCGUGCUAAUUGUCUUUUUCCUUGUAUUUAUUCUCGUCUCAUGA